AUGACGAAUAUCCAUCCCGAGUCCCCAGAGGACUUCGAGUUCAUUGAAACUCCACCCGCCUCCUGCACUACUCCCGCCGACGAUUGCGGUGUGCGGACUACCUCGUAUCCGGCCAUCAAAAAUGCCCCCGUCCCCGCGGAUUCUCAGGGUAGCGAUAGCUUCUCCAACACCCUCCUCUUCGCUCUCCUCAUCCUUGUCCCAUGGUAUCUCGCCCGCCAGAUCGGUGGUGGUUUCUACACCACCAUCUUCUUCGCCAUCUUCACCACCGUCCCCAUUCUGAUGGGCUUCUGGUCCAUCGCCUCUUCCAUCUCUCCCCGCAAGAAUGAAAAGGCCAAGUAUGCUGGUCGCCCCGUCGAGUACUACCUGAACUUCCACAGCGAGCAUGAUCGUACUGCCUACCGUGGCAAGAGCAAGAUUCCCAUGGAGGUCUUCUACGAGAAGUACUUCAAUGGCGAGGUGGACUUCAAGUGUGAUGCCCUGGAGGCUCUGGAGUUCAGACACGACUGGGCCAACUUCCGCUUCACCAUGGGUCUCUACAAGCACUUCCUCUUCGGUUUCAUCCCCGAGAUGCUGAUGCACACCCGCUCCCAAGAUGAGGAGCAGGUUCGUGACCACUACGACCGCGGUGACGACUUCUACGCUUGGUUCUUGGGCCCCCGUAUGAUCUACACUUCCGGUAUCAUCAGCGACCCCAACAAGGAAGAGACUCUGGAGGAACUGCAGGACAACAAGCUGGCUGUGGUCUGCGAAAAGAUUGGCGUUAAGCCCGGUGACACUGUCCUUGAUCUCGGUUGUGGCUGGGGUACUCUGGCCAAGUAUGCUUCGGUUCACUAUGGCGCUCAGGUCACUGGUAUCACCUUGGGUCGCAACCAGACUGCUUGGGGUAACAAGGGUCUCCGCAAUGCCGGUGUUGAUGAGUCUCAGAGCCGUAUCCUGUGCCUUGACUACCGUGACGCUCCUCGGGUUGAUGGCGGUUACAAGAAGAUCACUUGCCUUGAGAUGGCCGAGCACGUCGGUGUCCGUCACUUCACUUCCUUCCUCUCUCAGGUCUACGACAUGCUGGACGACGAUGGUGUCUUCUUCCUGCAGAUCGCUGGUCUGCGCAAGUCUUGGCAGUACGAGGAUCUCAUCUGGGGUCUUUUCAUGAACAAAUACAUCUUCCCUGGCGCUGACGCUAGCACUCCCCUUGGCUUCGUCGUUGACAGACUGGAGGCUGCUGGAUUCGAAAUCAAGGCCAUUGACACUAUUGGUGUUCACUACUCUGCUACCUUGUGGCGCUGGUACCGGAACUGGAUGGGCAACCGUGACAAGGUUGAGGCCAAGUACGGCAAGAGAUGGUUCAGAAUCUGGGAAUACUUCUUGGCUUACUCCACCAUCACCUCCCGCCAGGGUGGUGCUACCUGCUGGCAGCUUACCCUCGUUAAGAACAUCAACUCCACCCACCGUGUUGAGGGUAUCCCCAGCCAGUAUGGUCUCAGCGGUGCCCGUGAGGCCGCCAUCACCCGUGCCGGCACCGGUGCUGUCCCCAAGGCUCACGUUCCUAACAAGGCUUAA